UAUCGAAAAAUUGUUUAUGUUGUUAGUGCUGCAAUUAAUACCCAUUUAAAAAAUUGUAUAAAUAAACGAGUGGAAGGAUUGGAUACAGUACCAAGCCGGACGCAACGGAUACGUUGAACACAAAUAAAUUUGCAUGCAGCUGGAGUAGAAUAUUCAACCAACUACAGGCUGACAAACACUCACAAAGAUGUCACAAAAUCAAUCAUAUUUCUGGCAAACGACCAGACAUAAUGUAUAUCUAAAGCGCUCCGCCAAAUGGCAUAUGGCAAUGGCCUUGAUGGUGGUGCUUACAUUCUCGACCAUAUGUGCGGCCGAAUCAAAUCCAGAUGGCGAUGAGAAUGCCAUAAUUGCCGACAUUCAGCAGAAUGUGGAACAACAAUCGAUAGUUAAAUUGGGCACGGAAUCAGUUGGAUUACUAGAGAAAAAUCUUGAGUUGGAACCGGAAAAGGAGAAGAAAGUGAAGGGCAGUUUUAUCGAUGCGUUUACCGCAUCGAUCUCUGUUAUAUUAUUAACAGAGCUAGGUGAUAAGACUUUCUUUAUUGCUGCCAUAAUGGCAAUGCGCCAUCCUCGUUUGAUUGUCUUCUUCGGUGCUAUAACCGCAUUGGCGCUUAUGACGGUUCUCUCGUGCGUAUUUGGCAUGGCAGCAAACUUUAUUCCUAAGAUUUAUACGUAUUAUAUAUCUACUGCAUUAUUUUUAAUAUUUGGUCUAAAAAUGUUGUUUGAUGGCUACAAAAUGAAACCAACCGAUGCCCAAGAGGAGCUCGAGGAGGUGCAAAGCGAUUUGCGUAAGCGCGAAGAUGAGCUAAUGCGCAAGUUGGAUGAUGCGGAAGCGAAGCGUAAGAAUAGCAACUCGGACAAGGAGGAUGCCAGCGAACAGGCGCUCAUACAUGGACGCAAGGCGAGCUUGUUGCCGAAGUCGAAGUCGGGCAACAGCUCCGAGAUGCAGCACCGCCAGCGUAAACCCACCAAUGCCAACAACAACAACAACAAUAACAAUACUACCAGUAACUCAACUAGUGAUAAGCAAACGAGCUGUGAUAAGACUGGCAACGAUGUGGACUAUCACAACACCGAGGUGCUGCUCAAGGAUGGGGGACGUGUUGUCGAACAGCUGAAAAUGACAACGUUCCACAAUAGCCCCACGCACUCGGGAUCGACAGCCUCAUCGAACCAGACCGAACAAACCCAUUGUGAUUACCCCCGUAACAACAAGAAUCCCACUGCUUCCGUUGACCCCGAUUCGGAACUGGACUCGGCUGAGCCGCGUGCUCCACUAGCAGGCCACGAAAGCAUCUACAGCUUCAAUGAGGCCGCUGACAGCGAGGAGAGCGCGCUUAAAGCACGGCUGGAUCGUGAUGUUAACACUGCGCUGGUGCACGAUGCGGAGAGCGGACGUCGCAGCAAGGUGCAACGCAGAGGCGCCACCUAUUUUACUAUGCGCAUCUUUGCCCAAGCCUUUACGAUGACCUUUCUUGCCGAAUGGGGCGAUCGUUCGCAAUUGACAACUAUCAUUCUGGCUGCUAGCAAGGACGUCUAUGGCGUGAUUGUUGGCGGCAUUCUUGGCCACUGCAUUUGCACUGGUUUGGCUGUGAUUGGUGGUCGCCUGGUGGCCUCCAAAAUCUCGGUGCGCACUGUCACCAUUGUGGGUGGCAUUGUGUUCAUUGGCUUUGCGAUUUAUGCGGUGCUGAUGCCGCCCGAUGAUCUAGUAACCAAUAACUAAUAAUCCAUAUUAGCCUGUUGUUUGUUGAUGACUCCCCCACUUCCCAUAACAAAAGGAUACAUGAAUUUAAGCUGUAGUUUUCGAGGAGCAGGCAUUAUUUCUGUUCAUUUUGUAAAUUAAUGCACUUUAUAGCGAAAGAGAGAGAGAGAGAAAAGGAGAGAGGGAGAACGAGAACGGAUGGAGAGAGCGCCGCUAGCUAACCUAAAGUGCCUUCAGUGCUUUUCGCUUUAGCCAUGACAAACAAAUUUAGUUGCAAAAAAAAGUGUAUCAAUUUUUCUGUUAGAACCAAUUAACCAAUUUGUAAUUUCAUUGCUUUAAGUAUUAAAGUUUUCCUUUGUACAUACGCGUGCUUGUUAACUAUGUUGCCAAAG